AUGGAAGUGAAAGGUGAAGCUAGAGGAGAGAAUGGUUGCUUCAUGGGACCCAUGAGCGCCCUCUUGAACGCCAUCAGACACCGGCUAAGACCAAAGCGACGACGACAGAGGACCAAGAACCACCGGAUCUGUAACAACUCUGCUAUGGCCAAGAAAAAGUCGGCAAAAGAGAGAGAACCGGCCUGGGCCUAUUCUGGGCUAAACGCCAAGCCGAGCAAGCUAAACCGUGUGGCUAAAGGCACACCUGCUAACACAGAACUCCAGGAAAGACUUAAGUCUUCUGUGCGGGCUUUUGAAGAGAAACGCAAGCCACGCCGGGUGGUUCUCCAGCCUGCUGAACCAGCGGGUCAGGCAGAGGUAAUAAUGGAGAACACUGAGGCUGGAGAGGAUCUUAACCCUGCUAAACAACUAAGGGAUAUGGCAAGCAUAAAGAACACUCAGCUUGGAGGGAAUCCUCAGCAUGGUGAAUUGGAUCUUCAGGCUGAUGAACCAGCAACUGGCCCUGACUCCAUUUACCCUGUCCCAUCUGACUGGACUCUUGAACACCUCAUGGAGAAUCUGAAGUCAUCAGCAGACGAUGACGAGGGAGACCAAGCUGGCCCUGGCUCCAGUUACCCUGUCCCAUCUGAAUCUGCUCUUGACCACCUCGUGGUGGAACAGAGUUCAUCAGCGGAUGAGACUGGAGAGGAUCUUCAGCCUAAUGAACCAGCAACUGGCCCUGACUCCAGUUCCCCUGGCCCAUUUGACUGGACUGUUGAACACCUAAUGGUGAACCUGAAGUCAUCGGCAGACAAGGAAAAGGGAGACAAAGCUGGUCCUGGCUCCAGUUCCCCUGUUCCAUCUGAAUCUGCUCUUGACCAUCUCAUGGAGGAACAGAGUGCAUCAGCAGAUGAGACUGGAGAGGAUCUUCAGCCUAAUGAACCAGCAAGCUGGGGUCUGACACAUGACCAGAUGUAUCGGGAUAUGACUGGACAAGAUAGAGAGGCCAUCAUGUACUCGGGCCCUUUCAGUUUCGUUGUCCCGUCUAAAUGGGCCUUUAACCACCUGAGUGGGGUAGAGUGUGAGGAGCAGGACAGUCGUCCAUACGCCAUGGUCUUCUACUGA